CUCCAAUAAUCAACCAUGAUGUGGACGUCGUUACUUGGCGGUCGCAGCAGAUACCGACUAGCGAGUUCGUUUACUCGUCACGUUAGCAACCUUGCGCAUGUCGUGAUCAAAGCGGAAGGAGCGACUCCAACCAAGUCCGUGGUCGUCUUGCACGGCAUUCUCGGUAACAAAGGCAAUUGGGCUACGUUUUCUCGACGCAUUGUGACCGCGUUUCCACAGUACCAAGUCAUCGGCGUGGAUCAUCGAGCCCACGGCGACAGUCCGUCCAAGUCCCCACCGCAUCAUCUGCAUGCGUGCGCGCAAGACGUCAUUGACUUGCUAGAGUCGCUGCAUGUGACCCCGGACGUUGUCGUGGGCCAUUCGUUUGGGGGCAAAGUCGCCUUGACAUACUUGGACGCAUGUCAACGGCAAAGUCGACCGGUGCCCCGUCACACGUGGGUGUUGGAUGCGUUGCCAGGUUGUGCCCAAAGCGACUACGCCACCCGAACGCAAGACGCGACGUUCAACUCGACGGACGUAGUCCUCCCCAAGCUCAUGGAGGUGCCGAUGCCGAUCGCGACCAAGAAGGAACUAGUGGCGACUCUAGAAGCCAAGGGCUUUGAUAUUGGCCAGGCGCAGUGGAUGACGACCAACUUGAAGCCGUUGGGGGACGGAUUUGUGUGGAAGAUGGACCUCCCCGUCGUCGCAUUGUUGUUCAAGGCGUUCCUGGCCACAGACUGCUGGCCCAUCUUGGAGCACCCGCCCCCCAACACCCACAUCCACGUCGUGCGUGCCGAACUCAACAAGUUCUGGACCCGCGACGUGAUCCGUCGAUUUGACACUGUAGCCACGCAAACACACCACAGAGUGCAUUUGCACUUGCUCGAGAAAGCCGACCAUUGGGUCCAUGUGGACAACCCCCAAGGACUGUUUGCAAUCAUGCAGCGCAGCUUUAAAUAAGCGCCAUAAUAUACGGAUAUACUUCGUCUGUUCCA